GAGGGGCUGGCUGGGAGAGGCCAUGCAUCAGGUGACGGUGCCGGAGCUUUAUUCCCGGAGGAAGCGGACAGAGGGACGGGGGGCUUCCUCGCCAGAGCAGUUGGGAUUACGAUUAGGGAUGUGGUACUGGAAAGAUGAAACCAGAACUCUUGAAUUCAGAAGUUUUACACCUGCAGUAGAACUCAAGGAAAAAGGAAAGAAAGGCAAAGCAAUACACUUUGCUGAAAUUGAUGGUCCGGCUUCAGACAGGUUGACGGAUAAAAAGCUUGCUUCAAGAGACGAUAAGUCACUUAAAGCCUUAGAGAAGCGAGGUCAGCAGGGCAACGUGACGCUCCAUGAUGCUAAAUUUGUUGCUUUGUUUUUACUACAAGAUAAUGAGAUGCAGCGGAUCUGUUCCUUUACAACAUUUAUGAGGAAUAAGAAUCUUGACAAUUUCCUCAUGGCAUUAUUGUACUAUUUAUCUCAUUACUUGGAAAAAAUAGCCCUGGAAAAGAAACCCAAAAGCUGCAUGGUGGGCCUUGUGGAGAAGAAGGAGAUGGAAUUGGUUAUAAGGAAGUUAGAAGCAGCGCAGAAUUACCUGGCACAGAAGUAUUGCGUCCUUGUCCUGGGCUUGGCAAUGCCUGAUAAGCAUCACAUGUGCUGCGGGAAGGAGAAAAGAUCAGAUACACAGAAAGACUGGAAAUUCUUUGAGUCCUUUUACACUUUCUGUACAUAUGUAGCUUGGAUUGUGUUCCGACGUCAACACUUCACAGAGAUUGAGGAAGAAAUAGGAAGGCUCUUUCGUACCAAUAUGUUCAACAUUCCUCGGAGGAAGCGUGAGGAGGAAGAAUCAGGAGGGGAAAAGAAACGCAUGACUUUUGUACAAUUCAGGAGAAUGAUGGCGAAACGCCCAGCAAUUAAAAAAGCCAUUAACAUGCGCUCUCCGGUCAUGUCUACACUGCUGCCAUCUCUCAGAGAAAAAGCUCAGAAUAUCUUUGAGAAAAAGUAUCAUCAAGGAGUCGUCAAACUCCCGGCCCCGAUGCAAGAGCACAUGGAAAGUCUGGACUCUGUGCUCAUGCCAAACUGCCUGCUCCAGAGAUCUAGAGCAUCUGAAACAUCACUAUUGCAGGAUUCAGCCUGCCCGACCCUAUCAUCCUAUUUUGGACGUCGUUUAUGGCAUUCUGAUCGCCCAGCUGAUUUUUAUGCAAAAUCGUCUCCAGAGCGGUCUGUGUCUUGCAGCGGGCUCAUGUUGUUCUUUGUCUCUGAGUUUGGGCACAUGCUGGUGGCUUUCUCUCUGGGGGUGACACCUGAGGCAGUCCAGGUUGACUGGGGAGUGUGACACCCUCUUCCCCGAUCCUUUCCCUUUGCCACAAGCUGCGACUAAAGCAUGCCUGAGACUGUCAACUGAACAAAACGUGCCCUCGAGAAAAAGAACACACUAGCAAAAUGCAGUACUUCCAUCACGUGCAGAAAACUGGAAUCCGCUUCAGACCGUGCCCGCAGCGCGGUCAGGCCUCCCGCGGAUCCGGCUGAUAGCACACUUCCUGCUUCAGGGACUGUGUUCUUUUGUGUGGCUUCUCUGAGCCCACCGCCUGGAUAAAUCUGCUGUUUUCUACCCAGACACUGUUGCUUCACUUGGAAAUAAUUAUCUCCUCCACAUGCACCCUGUUCCCUUCACCCACAUCCCUUAUCAUGCCAUGAUAAUCACACACUGAAGCAGAUGUAAAAGGCACAAAUGGAGCAUUUGCUUGACGACUCGAGAGCCUUGUGUCAUUGCACACAAAGAAGAAAGUGAGGAGGAGCCCUAUCUGCCAUCGCAGGACUCACACUGGAACAUGUACCCAUUAAAGAACAAUUGAGUGGAUUUUUUAGAGCUAGAAUUUUUUUCCCCCAUUAGUUCUUGCAGCAAACCAGGAAGAGUGGUAGUUAUAGUUGCUGGCUUUUCAAGCCAGGACCCUGAGAUACAGAGCUGUUGUUACCAGUCUAGAAUUAUGUUUGUCUUAUGAAAUCGUUUGUGAAUCCACAAAUAAUUACUGUGCACCUGCUGGGCCAGGUUCUGAGAAUAUUACUCCCAUUACGAGGUAGACAUGGUCUGUGCUUCUCCACAUGGCUGGAACUUCUCUGGGCAGAGGGUGGAACGAGAGGGAGUCAGCAGGGACUGACUAGAUGGUUUGAGCUUUGUAGGUUGUAGGGAUUUUGUCUAAUUGGAUGGGAAUCCGGUGGAGGGUUGUAGGCAAAGGAGUGACAUGAUCCCAUUUAUAUUUGAAAAGAUUAUUCUGGCUCCUGUGUAGAAGAUGGGCUGAGGUUAGGGUUGGAUGGAUGGAGAAAAGAGGCUGGAGGUCAAUUAGAGAUUAUAGAGGUGGCCCAGGAGAGGGAAGGUGGUAAGCUGGACCAGGGAUGGAUUCUGGAUAAGGUAGAGUUGGCAGGAUUUGCUGAUGGAUUGGCUGUUGGGGAAGAGAAGAAAGAGAGCAAGGAAGUCUCUAAAGUUUUUGGCCUGAGCAAUUGGGUGUUUGGUAUUUCCAUAGGGCAGAAUGGAUGAAAAACAGGUUGAGGGAGAAAUCUUCACUUCUAUUUUUGGACUGUUAACUUUGAGACGUCAAUCAGUCAUCCCUGUGGAGUUGAGUUGGCGUUUGGAUAGAGAGAUCUGGAGUUCUGGGGAGAGACCUGAGGUGGAAAUACAGGUUUGGGAGUCAAUGGCUCUCGGAUUGGUUAAGAUUACCUAAGGAGAGUGAAGAUAGAGAAGACAAAGGACACUCUACGUGUAAGGGGGCAGAGGAGGAGCAAACAAAACGCAGCAAAUCCCUUACGUGCUCCAGCAGCUCACCCCGCCUUCAGAAUGUGCCACAAGCCAGUGAGGUGCGAAGAAACACAUGACGGAGAGAAGUCAUGGUAGACAAGAGAAAAGAGCCUGCCAUGAAGUAGGGGUGGCAGCUGGGCAGAAAUGCUGCAGGACGAACUGGUACGAUAAUAACAGAGGUGACUGCCAGGGUUGGGAACAUAGAGGUCGACUGUGUGGGCUCCAAGUGUGGCGCCCCCUUGAUGAGGGCUGAGUAGUGAAAGGCUGGCGAGAAAGUGGAGACCAAGCCUCUGGCCAGUGCAGAGUUUGCCGUGAAGGAAAAGGAAGAAAUGGCACAGGAGCUAGGGGAAGAUGUGCUGUCAAGGAGGUGAAGCUUUAGUGUUGGGUUGUUUGGAUCUUUGGCUUUUAGAGAUCCGAGGUUAGAGAAUGAGUCUGUGCUGACACAGGGCAAACUGAUGAUUCAGGAGAGAGAGAGGGGAUACUUGUAGGAGGUGAGAACCGAAGGUUGGGAAGCAUAGGUUGGGGGUUGCCCUUAGAGAAAAGAGACAUCUGUCAUCACAGCAGGGAAAGCAGAAGGUGUGACAUUCUUUCUCCAAGUCUCUUUGACGCUCAGAGGCCCCUUGUGUGUGUACCACUUGAGCAAGGCCCGCUCUCUGAAUUGUCAGUAGAGGAAACCAGAGACCAAAAAUUCUCAGCCCAGAGGAGUGCAUAUAGCUAAUGAUGGACUUUCAGACACCACACUGGAAAGACAUAGCUGGGCUGUGAAGAGUGUCUUGUUGGUUUCCCUGAAGCCACACUUUUUGGGUGAUCAUCUACGCCAUUUAGGUAUAAGACUGGCCAUGGAAGUUGCAUCAUUUUUUUCCCAUAGGAUCCCUUAACCAAGUCAUGAGUCCUCAAGCAUUAAAAGGAAUAGCACCUGAGGGGGCGCCUGGGUGGCUCAGUCGGUUAAGCGGC